AUGGUCGUCGCGUUCGUAGGCGUUCGUCUGCUCACUCGCACGGGCAUGAGCCUUCGUGGCUGCCACCAGAAGGGCUUCCAGGGUGUGCGCAACGUCUCCAGCCUGCCGGAGCACUACACGCUGCCUAGUGGAAACAAGAUACCGUCUGUUGCUCUCGGCGUCUGGCAAGCGAGUCCAGGCGAAGUUGGCGCAGCCGUCAAGACUGCGCUCAACGCAGGAUAUCGGCACAUCGACGGUGCCUGGAUCUACAGAAACGAAGCGGAGGUCGGACAGGCGAUAAAGGAGAGCGGCGUCUCCCGGAAAGACCUUUGGCUUACCUCCAAGCUCUGGAACACUUUCCACGCACCCGAGGAUAUCGAGGAAGCGCUUGACGACUCCCUUCAGAAGCUCGGCACGGACUACCUCGACCUCUAUCUGAUGCACUGGCCCGUUGCGUUCAAGAAGGACACGACCCAGGUGGACGAGGCGCUCACUGCCGACCCCUACCCGACCUGGCAGAAACUCGAAGAGAUGGUUGAGAAGGGCAAGGUCCGCAACAUCGGCAUUAGCAACUUCAACAUCCCGCGCGUGAAGAACCUCACCGCGAAUGACCUCAAGGUUCAGCCCGCAGUGAACCAAGUCGAGCUCAACUUCUGGAACCCGCAGCCAGAGCUGCUCAAGUGGUCGAAGGACAACGGGAUCCUGCUCGAGGCUUACAGCCCGCUGGGGAGCAAUAAGCAAGUCAAGGAGACGCUGAACCAGCCCGAGGUGAAGAAGAUCGCGGAGGCGCUCGGCAUCACGCCAGCGCAGGCGAUUAUUAGCUGGCACGUCCAGCGCGGCACGAUUGUGCUCCCUAAGAGCGUGACGCCCUCCCGCGUCGAGGAGAACUUCAAAGUGUUCCCGCUCCCGGAUGACCUGUUCGACAAGCUCGAGGCUGCGGCAGCCGCCCACCCACCUCAGCGUGUUGUCAACCCGAGCAAGGGUUGGCGCCUCGACUUCGAUGUGUUUGACGACUACCCCUACUAA